AUUUUACUGAACUGUCUCGGGGAUAUAAAUAGAAGACAUUUUUGUUUAAUUUAAGUCAUAGUCUGUUUACAUCUGAUACAGUCACUGGGUAUCAGGUCCUUGAAGCAAGAUGGCGAUUCCAAUGGUAACAUUUAACAACGGGAACAAAUUCCCUAUCCUAGGACUUGGAACUUGGCAGGCUACCAAGGAAGAGUGCCAGAAUUCUGUUCGUACUGCUUUAGAUGCAGGUUAUCGCCAUAUUGACACGGCCUAUGCUUAUGGAAACGAGGCUGAUAUUGGAGAGGUUCUACAGGAAUAUAUGAAGGCGGGAAAACUUAAAAGAUCAGAUUUCUACAUCACAACUAAGUUAUGGUUAACCCACCAUCAACCAGAAAGAGUAAUAGAAUGUCUGAACAUAUCUUUAGCUAAUCUUAAACUAGAUUAUGUUGAUUUGUAUCUUAUUCAUGGUCCCUGUGCUUUUGAGGAUACAGGAACCGGUUUCUAUCCUUUGAAACCAGAUGGAACACCAGCAUUUCUGAAUCUCCCACCUGAAAAAACCUGGGAGGGAAUGGAGAAAGCUGUCAAGCUAGGUAAAGCUAAGAAUAUCGGUGUUUCAAACUUUACGUGUGACCAAAUCGAUAGAAUCUGUAAGAUUGCAACCAUUAAACCCGUUACUAAUCAGGUAGAAUGCCAUGCUUAUUUCAAUCAAGCUGACAUGCACCGGUUCUGUCAACAAAGAGGCAUACUUCUGACAUCUUAUGGAUCUCUUGGGUCACCGGGAAGACCAGAAAUGCUAAAGAGAGAUACCGACUCUAUUUUAUUGGAUGAUCCGUUGAUUAAGAAGUUGGCGGAUAAAUACAAGAAAUCUGCUGGACAGGUUCUGUUGCGUAAUUUGACCCAAAGAAAUAUUCUAGUUAUACCAAAGAGUAUUAAACCAGCUAGAAUCAAGCAAAAUAUGCAGGUAUUUGACUUUAAGUUGACGGAUGCUGAAAUGAAACAAAUAGAAGGACUUCAGAAAAACGUCAGAUUAUUUAAGAACGACCUUGGUAAAGGUCAUCCCGAAUUUCCCUUUUAAAACAGCUGAAUUAUAUGACAUAAUGAUAUCACCACUACGUCAUCCUUUUUUUUCCACUGUAUGCAUUAUAUUUAUUAUAGUUCACAUAGUUUUAUUAACACUUUUUAUUUUAUGAUCAGUAGUGGAAUACCGCAUUUUAUCAGUGAAAUAAAAGUGUUAUUCCACUGGCUCCAAGCGGACAAAGUAGUCCAUGUUGUUUUUACCUAAAAUGAUUGUAAAAUCAUAAAAUAAAUAGAACAUUUGUCGUUUUGUCGUGAAUAACAUCUCUAAGCAAGAAAACGUUUAUAUUUUCACUCAUGCUACGCAUUCGUGAAAAUAUAAGUUUUCUUGCUUCUCGAUGAAAUAAAACAUGUUAUUCACUCUAAAACGACAAAUAUCCUCUAUGUAUUCUAUCGUUGGGGUAGGAUGGCCGAAUGGUUAGCGCCUGGGCGUUGUAUCAUAAGGUCUGUCAUUGAGUCAACUAGCGUGGAUUCUAUGCACCGGUUGUAAGUGACAAGGAGUAGGGUCGCCUGUCCAACUUCGUGGGUUUUCUGCGGGUCCUACGGGUUUCUCCCACUGUUAAAGACCGCUACGAAUUAUUGAAAUAAAAAUGAACCAUGUUAGUCCUGAAAUGACCUAAUUUGUGUUGAGUUGACGUUAAACCCCAUUUCCCUCUCCCUCCCUAUUAUAUUGUUGUCUCAAUGACCCCUGGUUAGUUGUCAUGAACGAGGCAUGAACAAAAACAGGUAUGCUCGCAUCCUUCCAUCGUUUGCUUGUCAAGACCCCUAUUAAAUAAACACCCACCUACCCCACACACACCUAGAAACACCCACGCAAUUCCCACCCUUGCGCCAUGUUAAAACUUUACAUCACUAACUAAAGUGAGUUAGGAUAUAAUUUAUCUAAUUUGAUGAUAUUUUUUUUUUUAUAAUAAAAGUGUAACUUGUAACUUUUUAUGUUCAAUAAAUAUAUCGGUUUUUAUUCAUAUUAUGUAAUAUAUCUGAAAUGCAGGGGCAACCUGGGGGCAGGGGCAUAUGAUCUUAGCCGGUGAGAGUCCCGCACUCUCGGGGGUCUGGGAGUGUUUUCUCUCCCUAGAGCACGGGAUAUUUUUUGUAUUUAUUUUUUUUUUAAAAUCUUACCUUAUAUGGUGCUUUCUAGAGUGCAUGUGUCCUGGGGCCUGUUUCACAAAAUUUUAACUAAGAUAAAAUCCAAAUUUUAGUAAUUUGAUGGGAUAAUAAUAGAUUGAUUUUAGUGCUUAGCCAAUCAAAAUUGAAGUAUCUACUAAAAUUUGGAUUUUUAUCUCAAGUUAAGAUUUCCAGAAACAGGGCCCUGGUGUUUGUAGCAUGUUCACAGAUUUAGCGUGAGACAGUUUUACCAAUUCUUCAAACACUCCCACCACUGCCCCAUGGCAAAACUUUAAACCACUAACUUCGUGGGAUAGGAUUUAUUUUUUAUCUUUUGUUUUGUA